AUGGCGUGUAAAGGAAAUGAAGAUGGGGAGACAGUUAUUGUUGAAAAAGACCAUUUUAUGGAUGACUUUUUCCAACAGGUUGAGGAACUUAGAAAUAAUAUAGCAAAAAUAGCAGAAAAUGUGGAAGAAGUGAAGAAGCAGCACAGCAUUAUCCUGUCAGCACCAAAUCCUGAAGGAAGAACAAAGGAAGAACUUGAAGAAUUAAAUGAGGAAAUAAAGAAGAUUGCUAAUAAAAUCCGAGCCAGGUUAAAGGCUAUUGAACAAAGCUUUGAUCAGGGCGAAAAUGCUAAUCGAACAUCAGUGGACCUCAGGAUAAGAAAAACACAGCAUUCUGUGUUAGCUCACAAGUUUGUGGAGGUCAUGACGGAAUACAACGAGACCCAAACUCUUUUUCGAGAACGCAGCAAAGGUCGGAUACAGAGACAAUUAGAGAUAACUGGAAAGACCACCACUGAUGAGGAACUGGAAGAAAUGUUAGAGAGUGGUAAUCCUUCAAUUUUCACUUCUGAUAUUAUCUCAGACUCUCAAAUAACUAGGCAAGCUCUGAAUGAAAUUGAGUCACGUCACAAGGAUAUUAUGAAACUGGAAUCUAGCAUACGGGAACUGCAUGAAAUGUUUAUGGACAUGGCAAUGUUUGUUGAGACUCAGGGUGAAAUGAUCAACAACAUAGAGAAGAACGUGAUGAAUGCAUCAGAUUAUGUGGAACAUGCAAAAGAGGAGACAAAAAAGGCAGUUAAAUAUCAGAGUAAAGCACGAAGGAAAUUGAUGUUCAUAAUUAUAUGUGUAACUGUAUUGCUUCUGAUACUUGGAAUUAUCCUAGCAACAACACUAUCAUAGCAAGCACAUUCUAAGAGUUAUGAACCUUCAGAAACUCCAAAAUACAUCUUCUGUAAAACCAAACCUUUUUUAAUAAGUGAUGCCUUACACUGUUCCGUGAUGAUGACCUAUCACUAAUGGCUAAAAAUGAAAACAAAAUCACUCUUAAUGUUUACUCGUAAAUGAAGAUCAGAAUGUAUUAGGAUAUGUAUGAAUUUUCAUCAUAAACUAUACAUCAGUAAGACAGAAACUUGCUCUUAAUUGUUUUGAACGAAAGUAACAGGAUUUUUUUUGUAUCUCAGUGUUAUAAACAGUUUAAGUAGGGAGUUGAGAGGCUAUUGAGUUCUGACUGUUUAGCUUUUUUUCCUAUUGCUAAUACAACUCUAAUCAUGAAUUUUAAACCAGUGCUGCUUUUGUUAGCACUCUUGUAAACUUUUUUGAGGUGUAGCCUUGUCUUUAACUGUAUUAAUUAUUUAGUCACCUUAACCCAUCUAAGCUUUAUACUUAAAAAAUUUUUCUUCAAUAAGUGCUAAAAUAUUUUAUCCUGAAAAGACUACUUAUUUAACUAUCUGCCUAUUGCAUUACACUUGAGAAGAGGAUAAAAAAAA